AUAUAUAAUCCCACAGGGUCUGCUCCGUGUUGUCAAUAUUCUCGUACACUAGAGGUUGUGUGUUUUUUUCCCGUUCACUAUCCCGAUAAUGGAGUUUUGCCUGUACAUCGCUGUUCUGCUGGCACACACACUGUCCACUAACGCAGCCAGCCCGUGUUCCCCAUCGUGCCCAGAGGAACCUCCGGGAUUCCUCGUCCCCGACCCCAUCAACUGCCAGCGUUACUACGUGUGCCUGCAGGACGGCCAACCGAGCGACUUCCCCUUCGAGUGUGAGGACGACCUGUUCUUUGAUUCCGACAACGGGACCUGCACGGACGAAAUAGAUGCGAAUUGCGAACUGUGUCAGCCAACCUGCUCUCUGUAUUCGUGCCCUGUUCCUUCCAAUGAUAUCACAGUGGCAGCUGACGCCAAUGACUGUACAAUGUACUACCUGUGCGGCGUCAGCGAUGAAGGUUUGCACAUCAAGUGCCCUGAAGAGACGCCCUUCUUCAACGGCGAGGAAUGUGUGAAGGACGCGAGCGAGUGCUGCGACCCGUGCCUCGUGUACUGCAGCGAAGCCUUCACGCAGAUCCCCGACCCGGCCGACUGCACCAGCUACUACUUCUGCCUUGACGUCGGCUUCCCCGGGCCCGCCGACCUGCACCGCUGCGAGGAGGGCAACUUCAACGCCACGGCCGGCCACUGCGAUCCCGCCGCGUCGUGCGAGCAGCUUCCCCAAUGUUCUUCUGCUGCCUACGGGGGUCGUGGUGCUGAAGACCCGCACAGUCUGUCCCUCCUGCCGUAGGCCGGAUUGAGGAUGGAUUCGGCAAUGUGUUAUUCUGCUUAACAUAUGUACUGCACUAUAAGCGUGCGCGCGUGUGUGUCUGUCUGUUUGUUUGUAUGCAAUUGUACAUAUAACCAUAUAAUUAAUAUGGUGCAGUGUUUAUGGUGUGUAUUGUUAUAAAGAAAGCUCGGCUUAGCUCGCAUUAUCAACAGUUGUUAUUAGUUUAGUAUGUUGUCAAUAACCUUGGCCGAUAGAAACGUUCGUGUCAGUUGCAUUGUUAUUAAACGUUGCCGAAGUAU